AUGGAAGGCUCACCCUACAUCAACCGGAGAACGGCGACCAAGUCCUACCGCCCAAAGAGCUACGUGAUGUCGCCCGGGCUCAUGCGCGCGCGCGAGCCGUACAAGUGGAGGAACGCGGCGACGGGGGUCGUGAUGGCGGGGUUCGCGGCGGGGGCGUGGGCGUACUCGAUGAACGCGGUGAAGCAGGACACGUUUGAGGACGUGGACGAGGAGGCGCGCGCGCUGGCGGGGUCGGGGGCGAAGAGCCUGGAGGACGAGGAGCGCGAGCGCAGAGCGGCUUCUGCCGCCGCCGUUGCGCCGCCGGAACUUUCACUGGCCGCGCCUGCGCCCGCGCCUGCGCCCGCGUCUGCGCCGGCUGCGACGGCGUCGAGUGCGGCAGCGGCGGCGCCUACGGCUGCGGCGGUCGGGAUAUUGCCGGGGUUGCUGGACGGGGCAUUCCCGCGGCUGCUGGACCCACGGCGGAAGACGCUUGUGUGGGGUGCGCCGCCUGUGGAGAGGGUGGGGAGGCUGAGGGAUGCGUAG